UUUUAGAAAUAAGAAACCAGAGAAAAUGGCAGACCAAAUGAAGAAAACAGCUAUGCUAGUCAUAGACAUGCAGAACGAUUUUAUUCUUCCAGGGAAACCCCUGCAGGUAGCUGGUGGCCAAGCUAUUAUUCCUAAUGUCAUUAAAGCCGUCGAAGUUGCAAGGGAGCGUGGCAUUCUUGUAGUUUGGGUUGUCCGGGAACAUGACCCAAUGGGAAGAGAUGUCGAACUCUACCGGAUGCACAUGUAUGGUGAAGGCAAAGAAAAUCCAGUUAGCAUGAACAAUGUGGGUUCAGAACUAGUUGAUGGUUUGGAGAUCCAAAAAGGUGACUACAAGCUUGUGAAGACUCGUUUCAGUGCCUUCUUUGGUACCAACCUUCAUUCUUUUCUUCAAAGAGUUGGCAUCAAUAGCUUAGUUGUGACAGGAGUUCAAACACCAAAUUGUGUCAGGCAAACAGUCAUCGAAGCACUCGAGUUGGACUAUCAACCUAUCACGGUCAUUACUGAUGCCAGUGCAGCUGCCACACCGGAAGUACAUAAUGCAAACCUUUUCGACAUGAAAAACGUUGGAAUUGCAACACCAACACUGAAGGAGUGGCUCGAGUCCAUUGCAUGAUUUUGUCCUCAAAACUAUCCCAACACUGAAGGAAUGGUGUUCUAUACUGUUGUACACGAGUGAAAUUGUGUGUUUUUUUUUUUGAUGGAAUGAAAUUGUGUGUUUUGGUUUGCUUGAAAUUAUCUGUUAUGGGAACUGAUGUAAUAAGUUGAACUGGCUAUUAAGGUUUGAUCUUUAUAUAAAUUGCAUCUUAGUUUGGAUUUA